AUGAAGAAAAAAAUUCAAGAAACACCCCUACAAGAACAAAAUUGUGUUCUAGUUGAUAACUUUGCCAUCUUUGUUCAACUCCUAUUAGGGGCAAUUGCAUUCUCAACCCUCAUUUAUAAAAGACACAGAGAGAGACCACAAAGACCAUUACGUAUAUGGUUUUACGAUGUGAGCAAGCAAUUACUAGGAGCUGCAAUAGUGCAUGGGUUAAACAUUAUCGUAUCAUAUUUAGCGGGCUCAAUUGAUGAAGGCGAUACAAAUCCUUGUGUAUGGUACUUCCUUAAUAUAUUUAUAGAUUGUACCUUGGGCGUAUUUAUAUUAUAUGUGCUUAUAAAGUCUUUAGAGUUCAUAGUGGUCAAUGUUGGCAUAGAAGGCAUGAAGAGUGGAGAUUAUGGACACCCACCAAAUGUGAAUUUGUGGAUGAGACAAACAAUAGCAUUUAUAUGUUGUUUGUUUAUCAUGAAAGUAAUCGUUUUAAUAAUUUUCCAAUUAUUCCCAGUAUUAUUUGAUAUAGGAGUAUGGUUACUUGGAUGGGCAUUAUUUGAUGCAAAAUUACAAGUUGUAUUCGUUAUGUUAAUAUUUCCAUUAAUUAUGAACAUUUUACAAUUUUGGCUUGUUGAUCAAGUUAUAAAGAAAAAAUUGGAACAUCUUAAAUUAGAAGAUGAUGAUUAUGGCAUUGAAGAUGUAUUCCUUUCGGGAGAACUUAGUGAUGAUGAUGAUGAAAGGGGAGAGAUCAAUUAUAAUGCAAGUUUGCCUUCUUAUAAAGAAGACGAUGGUAGUUGUGUAAGUAUUUCUUCUAAUACUGCUAUACUCGCAAGAGAAACAUUUUCAAACGAUAAAGAUAAAUUUAGUGGAGGAAAUGAUGGUAUACCUGAUAGUUUCAUUGAAUUACGAAAAACUCCAUCACCUAGCACGAUGAGAGAUGGUUACUUUAAUUAUAAGAAAUAA